AUGCCGACUUAUAAAACGGGAAAGUUUGCUGUUGCAGAAAAUAAGACAGUUGCCAUAUUAUAUCAAGUUUUUAGGCUGUCUGUCAUCGGAUACUUAAUUGGGUGGGUUUUUGUAAUGAAUAAGGGUUAUCAAGCUAGAGAGGAGUCCAUACAAAGCUCUGUGAUCACCAAAGUGAAAGGGGUUGUAUUGACCAAUUCCAGCGACACAGGACUCAGUCUGUGGGGACCAGAGGACUACGUUAUCCCACCUCAUGGAGAAGCAAGUCUUUUCAUCACAACUGAUUUCAUAGAAACACCAAAUCAGAAACUAGGAAACUGUCCAGAGAGCAUUAAAGUUCCUGAUGGCCUCUGUCAUGAUCAUGAUGGCUGCCAACUUGGAGAGGCAGUUACAGCUGGUCAUGGGAUAAAGACUGGUCGAUGCUUGAAGAGUGAAAAUGACACGGGAACUGGGACAUGUGAAAUAUAUGGCUGGUGUCCAGUUGAGAGGAGUCAGGAACCCCAUGUGCCUCUCUUAGGAAAAGCUGAAAACUUUACCAUCUACAUCAAGAACUUCAUCAGAUUUCCCAAAUUCAGCUUCUCAAAAUCAAAUAUUCUUGAGACAAACGACGACAAUUAUUUAAAGAAGUGCAUCUAUGAUGAGGCAGCCCAUCCCUACUGUCCCAUCUUCCGUGUGGGGGACAUUAUCAACAAAACUGGACACAAGUUUCAAGACAUGGCUAAAACAGGCGGGACAGUUGGGAUCCUGAUCAACUGGAACUGCGAUCUUGACAAAGGAUCGUCACACUGCCAACCCAGAUACAGCUUCACCCGUCUGGAUGUGAGCACCUCUGUCAGCUCCAUCACGUCAGGCUACAACUUCAGAUAUUCCCGCUAUUACAAGAAUGCUGACGGACAGACCUACAGGACUUUGUUUAAGGUGUAUGGAAUUCGUUUUGAUAUCAUGGUCAAUGGAAAGGCAGGGAAGUUCAAUAUCGUCCCCACCUUAAUUAACAUUGGAGCAGGACUUGGUCUAAUGAAACUUGGUGCUGUUGUCUGUGAUCUGGUUUUGCUCAGGCUGACUGGAGAAAGAGAGCUCUAUAGAAAGACAAAGUAUGAGCAUGUGAAGCAUGAAAGUAAGCAGAUGAAAAAGAGCGAUGCCAGGUCACAAGAUGGAGCUCCAGAAGAAGUCGUCAACAUGGAGCUACUCACCGGUCAGGAAGGUGUUACAAAUGCUCCACAGGCUUCAGUCUGACUGAGAGUCAAUUUCUUGGCCUGGUCUGACCGCUGGCCAGUUCUUAGUGUUUGUGCCUGAGCCCAUUCACCAACAUGUAUUUUGCUUCUCAGGGUCUAGCAUAGAUGUGAUGCUCAAUAUCAUGAAAGCAAAUUUACACAGCAUAAUUGGGCAACUUCAAAAUGACCGUGUGCUAUGAUGUUUUCCUAUUCGUUUUUCACAGUGUGUGUAGUUAUAGUGUUAGUGUUUGAAAUGAAGUAGAAAAAUUGUGUGAAUUUUGAUGUGCUGUAUAUGUUGGCAGACAUUUAGUCUGUUUGCUGAGCCAUGACACAUACUGUACCAAAAUGUCUUUGUGUUUUCGA